AUGACAUUUGCACGCCUGCUGGCUCUUGAAGCCACUGCGGCUCUCUUCAGUCUACUGGUCCAUGUGCAGACGGGCUUGAUGCUGGGGAUUGUGGAAGCCCCCGUCGAAGAUCAUUCGACGGCUUCGGUUGAUCUCAACCGACUCACCGAACUUCAAGACACCGUCCUGGAGCAGAUGGUAGCCGAAUUGCCACACUUUUUCGACUCGGUGCACGAUGUCGUUAAAGGGGCAUUACGUGACCAGGACAUUCGCCAGCGACAUGACCCGGCGCAAUUGCGAGCCUGGCUUCGACGCCUGCACGCCCGCUGUGCUGAUAUUGUGGCGCCGACGCUUUUGGACCGUGCUGCACGGGUGGUGGAGCAAGUGUCUGAAAAUCGCCUGCUCCUGGUUGUACCAGAUUGUCUACAAGCACCACCCUCACGAAAGGCUUUUGGCACAAUUUUGCGGCGCGGAUGGCAGCACGUUAGCUCGACCAUUUGCCAUGCGUUGAUUGAGCGUCCCGAGAUCCCUCUUUUGAGUAUCAUGCCUGCUGCAGCCUCUAUUGCCCUCUCUCCGCAAGACAGCGCCCAUGCUGUGCGGAUGGCAGCUCAGGAUGAAGCCGCGCUGGCUUUGAUGCAAACAGUCCGCGACAGUGUAGUCACAGCUAUGGCAAGGGGCGGAGGCCUGCGAGUCGAUUAA